GGUCGACGUCGUGGAUCACGAGGCGGCCUGCGGUGAACGCAGGCGACUUCCUCCUUCGUCGACGACUACUUCUCUGCUUCUGUCUCCCUUCCCAUGGCCGGCCUGAUCGACGCAUCCUCAUCCUUUGUGUCCCUCAUAUAGGCCAAAGAUUCCACGUCUAGUAGUGUCUCUCUUGUCUCCUCCUUCCUUGCGUACCGUCGACAUGGGUGUUCCGAAGGUGUUUGCAGACCUCCGGAACCGAGCGGGCAGCGUCGACAUGGACCGGCCUGGCGUUGGGAUCCUCGCCUUCGAGGCGGCGGCCGCCAUGUCGCUUCUCGUCUCCCUUCACCUCUCCCUCGCUGAGGACGAGGUCCGCAGGCUCUGCGCCGACAUGCGGUCGAAGGGCGUAGCCUACCUGACCUCCAAGGACGAGCCGUUCCUCCUCCGCCUCGCCUACGCCGAGCUGGUUGCCGAGCUCGACAAGGCUGCCGCUACAGUCUCCCGGCUCGGCGCCAAGUGCCGCGACCCCCUCCUCCGGGGCUUCGACCGAUUAUACGCGGAUCUCAAGGCCGGUGGCAUCUGCUCCUUCCUCCGGGACUGCCGGGUUGCCGACCUGGAGCGCCUCGGACUUGGUUCCACCGCGAAGGAGGUUGAGAAGCGGAUUAAGAGGAUGGAGAGGUACGUGCUCGCGACCUCCCGGCUGUACGCGGAGAUGGAGGUGCUGAACGAGCUGGAGGCGACGGAGCGAAGGAUGGAGCAGUGGCGGCGGCACAGCGGCCCUAUCCCGGUACCGAAGCCGGGCGUGCCCCCUGCUUUCGAAUCUGUUCACUUAGAGCUCCGGUCCCGGCGCCACAAAGUUCGGAGGCUAAAGGAGGAGUCUCUUUGGAACAGGACCUACGACGAGGCCGUGGAGCUCAUGGUACGUGCCGUGAUCACCGUCUUCACAAGGAUCUCCGCCGUCUUCGGCCCCUAUGUUCUCGGCAUGCUCCCCGGCCAGGACAGAGGCCAUCCGGUGCUGAUUCAUCGGAGCAACCCAGAUUAUCCCGGCAAGCACUCGUCCGGCCCGCUGGAAACACCGAAGUUGAAGGACGUCCUGUUCCUGAGGAGUUCAGCCCCAAUCUCCAUGGUCAAGGAAUCGCUCGACAAGCCGUCCGAGAAUUUGAGCAAAUUGCUGAAAGCAGAUCCGACCACCCUCGGCGGAUCGGGUCUGGCGUUGCUGUACGGAAACAUGAUCGUGCUGGCAGAGAAGUUGCUGAAGACGCGGUCAGUCGAGGGACACGGACAGGGCGACGACGAGGAGGCAGUGGAGGCGGCCGCGAGGGUGGAGCUGUACCAGAUGAUGCCGUCGGGGAUGCGAACGGCGGUGAGGGCCAAGUUGAGGGAGUGCUGGAAGAAGGAGGGCGGGAUGGUGGACGGGUCGCUGGCGGAGGGAUGGCGGGAGGCGGCGGAGAGGAUCCUCGCCUGGCUGGGGCCGGUGGCACGUGACACGCUGCGGUGGCAGGAGGAGCGCAACGUGGAGCGGCAGCAGCGGUUCCACGCCCUGCCGAGGGCGCUGAUGCUGCAGACGCUGCACUUCUCCGACAGGGUCAAGACGGAGGCCGCCAUCGUCGAGGUGAUCGUCGGGCUGAGCUGCAUGUGCUGGUACCAGGAACAGAGAAGGGAAUAGCUAUAUACAGCUUCACGUACUCUUAUGACAUAGUCGAUAUACAGCUUCAUAUUCUUCUCUGAUACAUUCAUGGCUUCUCCGUUCUUUACCAAGUUGUUACCGAGCACAUUUUGAUGCCAAAUCCCAUAAGAGUUUGUCUGAUUGAAUGGGUCAAAAUCAAAUGAUGACAA